GUCAUGAACGCUGAUGGAACUGGGAGAAGAGUUCUGGUGGAGGACAAGCUGCCUCAUAUCUUUGGAUUCACACUGUUGGGAGACUAUGUUUAUUGGACAGACUGGCAAAGACGCAGUAUUGAACGUGUGCAUAAGCGCACGGCAGAAAGAGAGAUCAUCAUAGAUCAACUGCCUGAUCUAAUGGGUCUGAAAGCUACAAAUGUCCGCCAGAUAAUUGGUACAAACCCUUGUGCAGAGGAUAACGGCGGCUGCAGCCAUCUUUGUCUGUACAGACCACAAGGCCUUCGCUGCGCUUGCCCCAUAGGCUUAGAGCUCAUCAAUGAUAUGAAGACGUGCAUCGUCCCAGAAGCUUUCCUGCUGUUUUCUCGGAGAGCAGAUAUCAGACGAAUCUCUUUAGAAACGAACAACAACAACGUUGCUAUUCCACUCACUGGAGUCAAGGAAGCUUCUGCUCUGGAUUUUGAUGUGACAGACAAUCGGAUUUACUGGACUGACAUUUCACUGAAGACCAUCAGCAGAGCGUUUAUGAAUGGCAGCUCACUGGAACACGUUGUGGAGUUUGGCUUGGAUUACCCAGAAGGCAUGGCCGUAGAUUGGCUGGGGAAGAACUUGUAUUGGGCUGAUACUGGAACAAAUCGUAUAGAAGUGUCAAAGCUGGAUGGACAGCAUCGCCAAGUGCUGGUGUGGAAAGAUCUUGACAGUCCCCGGGCAUUGGCACUGGACCCUGCUGAGGGGUUUAUGUACUGGACUGAAUGGGGUGGUAAACCAAAGAUUGAUAGAGCUGCUAUGGACGGCACUGAGCGGACUACUUUGGUACCGAAUGUGGGACGUGCUAACGGCCUAACUAUUGAUUAUGCUAAAAGACGACUGUACUGGACCGACCUCGACACCAACCUGAUAGAAUCCUCCAACAUGCUAGGCCUUGACCGUGAGAUUAUAGCUGAUGACUUGCCUCACCCAUUCGGCUUGACUCAGUAUCAGGAUUACAUUUACUGGACAGACUGGAGCCGGCGUAGCAUUGAACGAGCCAACAAGACCAGUGGACAGAACCGAACUAUCAUCCAAGGGCAUUUGGAUUACGUUAUGGACAUCUUGGUCUUCCAUUCCUCCAGGCAGGCAGGCUGGAAUGAGUGUGCCUCUAGCAACGGCCACUGCUCUCACCUGUGCUUAGCAGUCCCUGUUGGUGGUUUUGUCUGUGGCUGCCCAGCUCACUAUUCCUUGAACUCUGACAACAGGACUUGUAGUGCUCCUACAACCUUUCUGUUGUUCAGUCAGAAGAAUGCAAUUAAUCGCAUGGUGAUAGAUGAGCAGCAGAGUCCAGAUAUCAUACUCCCUAUCCAUAGUCUCAGGAACGUUCGAGCCAUUGAUUAUGACCCCCUGGAUAAGCAGCUGUACUGGAUUGAUUCUCGGCAGAACAUCAUCCGCAAGGCACAGGAAGACGGCAGCCAGAGCCUCACUGUUGUGACAAGUCCAGUUCCCAAUCAGAACCUAGAUAUGCAGCCUUAUGACCUGAGCAUUGACAUCUACAGCCGCUAUAUCUACUGGACCUGCGAAGCUACUAAUGUGAUCAAUGUGACACGCCUGGAUGGAAGACCCAUGGGAGUAGUGCUCAAAGGAGAUCAAGAUAGGCCCAGGGCCAUUGUGGUGAAUCCAGAGAAAGGAUACAUGUAUUUCACCAACCUACAAGAAAGGUCUCCUAAAAUUGAGAGAGCAGCAUUGGAUGGAACUGAACGAGAGGUCCUUUUUUUCAGUGGUUUGAGCAAGCCCAUAGCCUUAGCUAUUGACAGCCAGCUAGGCAAGUUGUUCUGGGCUGAUUCAGACCUGCGGAGAAUUGAAAGCAGUGACCUUUCAGGUGCCAACCGGAUCGUUUUGGAAGACUCUAAUAUCUUGCAGCCUGUGGGACUAACUGUAUUUGAAAACUGGCUGUAUUGGAUUGACAGGCAACAGCAGAUGAUUGAAAAGAUUGAUAUGACAGGUCGAGAAGGACGUACAAAGGUCCAAGCUCGUAUUGCACAACUCAGUGACAUCCAUGCUGUGAAAGAGCUCAACAUUCAGGAAUACAGACAACAUCCUUGUUCUCAAGAUAAUGGUGGCUGCUCGCACAUUUGCAUCGUGAAGGGCGACGGCACCACGCGCUGCUCUUGCCCAGUCCACCUUGUUCUGCUGCAGGAUGAGCUGUCCUGCGGAGAACCACCAACAUGCUCCCCUCAGCAGUUCACCUGUUUCACAGGUGAGAUUGACUGCAUCCCGGUGGCCUGGCGCUGUGAUGGUUUCACUGAAUGUGAAGACCACAGUGACGAAAAGAACUGCCCAGUGUGCUCAGACACCCAGUUCCAGUGUGAAAGUGGACAGUGCAUAGACAGUGCCCUCCGGUGCAAUGGAGAAGCAAAUUGCCAGGACAACUCUGAUGAGAAGAACUGUGAAGUGCUUUGUUUAACCGAUCAGUUCCGCUGUGCCAGUGGGCAGUGCAUCGGGAAAAGCAAGAAAUGUGAUCACAACCUGGACUGCAGUGACAGCUCAGAUGAGCAAGGAUGCUACACAACAGAGGAACCUGCACCACAGCCCAACAACACAAUAGGCUCCAUCAUUGGUGUGAUCCUUACAGUUUUUGUGGUUGGAGCAAUGUAUUUCAUCUGCCAGAGGGUGCUGUGCCCACGCAUGAAGGGAGAUGGGGAAACAAUGACCAAUGAUUACGUGGUGCACGGACCAGCCUCUGUACCUCUUGGUUAUGUGCCUCACCCAAGCUCUUUGUCAGGGUCUCUUCCUGGGAUGUCUCGAGGUAAAUCUGUGAUCAGCUCCCUCAGCAUUAUGGGAGGGAGCAGCGGGCCACCCUAUGACAGGGCCCAUGUCACUGGAGCCUCUUCCAGUAGUUCUUCAAGUACCAAAGGCACUUACUUUCCUCCAAUUUUGAACCCACCACCAUCACCAGCUACUGAACGUUCACAUUAUACCAUGGAAUUUGGUUACUCUUCAAACAGCCCAUCCACUCAUAGAUCCUACAGCUACAGGCCUUACAGCUACCGCCAUUUUGCACCUCCCACGACGCCCUGCAGCACGGAUGUCUGUGACAGUGACUAUGCCCCCAGCCGAAGGGUCACGGCAGCGACAGCCAAGGGCUAUACCAGUGACUUGAACUAUGAUUCAGAGCCCGUCCCCCCGCCACCCACUCCACGCAGCCAGUACCUGUCAGCGGAGGAGAACUAUGAAAGCUGCCCGCCUUCCCCGUACACAGAGCGGAGCUACUCUCACCAUCUCUACCCACCGCCACCGUCCCCCUGCACGGACUCCUCAUGAGGGGUAGCCCCCCCGCCCCGUUAUCUGCCUCCGCCGUGAAAGUGUAAAUACAAAAUGUUCUACUGGGGAGGGGGGAGGGAGCUCUCGGCGAGGGAUGAGGUAGGACAGUGUACAGUUAAAUGUUAUUAAAUGGGGUGGAGGAAUACUGAAGAUAUUUGUACAGAAGAAAAAAAAAAGGAUAUUUAUAUAUUUUCUUAAACAGCAACUGCUGCUUGUGCCAUAAGAAGAAAAAUUUUUGUAUAAAAGAACCCAGACAUUUGUACAAAAAGUUUUUAUUUUUGCAAAUGGAACACAAAAACAUGCCUUAAUCCAGUGAAGUGACUGAGCACAUAAGGAAAUGGAAGGACCAGGAUGUGUUACUUGUCCAGCGAGGUGAGAUGUGGAGUUUGUCAAUACCAAAAAUGUUUAAAGUAAUUAAUAAUAAAGAAGUCCGUCUCAGAGCAGCAUACCAUAGAUACUUGGAAGUAGCCAAAUAACCUCUAUGUUAACUACGGAGGGCCAGCAACUAAAGUUAAACUUGAAAACGCAGUCAGGACAGAUAUUAACCUUACACAAAGGGCUUUGUUUUCUACAGGAAUACAGCAAUCGUAGCAGUGAAUCCAGAAAAAUAAUCACACACUUUUUUAAAUGAAUACACCUCUGUUUUUCCUUAAUGCAUUUACCAAACUAGAGCAUUUAGAGCUCUCUCCUUGCUUCUGGAAUUUCAAUGAUUUCUGUUGGGUAUAUUUUAAAGUUUGCUUUUUUUCUCCUGUUUCGCUUUUCCCGCCUCUUCUGCAUCCUUUCUUCCUGCCCGUGUCACUUUAAGUCAUGAUAUCCUUAUUUAAAGUACAGCUAGAACUGGGCUGCUGUUAAAUCUUUUUUUC